AUGCCGGCCGUCGGACUCGCCCCCUUGCCACUUGUAGCACCACGUGGCACCGCUGCGGGGUGCCCGCCCCGGUUCGUGGGCGCGCUCUUCAACUGGCUGGUCGCGUUCAUCUCCACAAUGCUCAUCGGCCAGAGCCCGGCCUAUGAUGGCGUCGUCGAGGAAGUGAGCCCCCUUGCCCCCCCUUGCCCCUACUUGCCCCCACUUGCCCCGCGAGCACAGCUGGCCAUGUCGUCCUGGGCGGACGCCUGGCGCCGCACGCGCUGGCGGCUUCUGCGCACCAAGCCCGUGGGGGCCAUGGCGCACGGGGGCGGGGACCCGUCGGAGCUGGCCAAGGUGCUGACCGCCCCGGACCUGGUGUCGCUGGGAGUGGGCAGCUGCGCGGGCACCGGCAUGUACGUGGUCGCCGGGCUGGUCGCCAAGUCCGCGGCCGGGCCGGGCGUCGUCCUGUCCUUCGUCGUCGCCGCCGCCGCGUCCGUUUUGUCCGGCGUGUGCUACGCGGAGCUCGGCGUGCGCGUGCCCAGGACGACGGGCUCGGCGUACACGUACAGCUACGUGACGGUCGGAGAGUCGGUGGCCUUCCUGAUCGGCUGGAACCUGAUCCUGGAGUACCUGAUCGGCACGGCCGCGGGGGCGUCGGCCCUCGGCGCCGCGUUCGACUCGCUGGCCGACCGCGGCGUCUCCCGCUACGCGACGGCGCACCUGCCCGCGCUCAGAGGAUUCGGCAAAGGCGAGGACACGUUUCCCGACCCGCUGGCCAUGUUCAUCGCGCUGCUGGUCACGCUGAUCGUGACGCUGGGCGCGCGCAACUCGGUGGCUCUCAACAACGUCCUGAACGGGAUCAACGCGCUGGUCUGGGUCUUCGUCGUCACGGCCGGACUGUUCUUCCUGUCUGCCGAGAACUGGGAGGGCGGAGAGUUCCUGCCCUACGGCUGGUCGGGGGUGAUGCGGGGCGCGGCCACCUGCUUCUACGCCUUCAUCGGCUUUGACAUCAUCGCCACCGCGGGAGAGGAGGCCCGCGACGCCAACGGCGCCAGCGCCAUUCCCCGCGCCAUCACCGCCUCGCUGCUCACGUGUCUCUGCGCUUACGUGUCGGUGAGCGUGAUCCUGACCCUGACGGUCCCGUACGACCGCAUCGAUGGCUCGGCGCCGCUCGUGGAAAUGUUCGCGGCGCGCGGCUUCCUGUGGGGGAAGUACGUCGCGGCGGCGGGAUCCGUCGCCGGCCUCGGCGCCUCGCUGCUGGGCUCGCUGUUCCCCAUGCCGCGCAUCAUCUACGCCAUGGCUGCCGACGGGCUGCUCUUCAGGUCGCUGUCUCACGUGUCGCCGCGGACGCGCACGCCGGCGGCGGCGUGCGUGCUUUCGGGGACUUUGGCGUCGCUCGUGGCGCUGCUGGUGAGUCUGCGCGACCUGAUCGAGAUGAUGUCCAUCGGCACGCUGCUGGCGUACACGCUGGUUAGCGUGUGCGUGCUGCUGCUGCGCUACCAGCCCGACGGCGAGCCGGAAGACGGCCCGGAGCUUGACGGUACCUUCUCGCGGCGAGACACCUUAGCUUGGCUUCACGUGCUCCUUUUGUUUUUUCACAGUUCGGAUAGUCAUUGCGUCUAUAUGCCACAGGGUGGUGCAAAAGCACUUGAAACGGAGAGGCUCGGAGAGCGUCAAGGCCACGCUUCCAGCAUGUACGCAGUGGUGAAGCCGCGGCUUCCGGACGUUCCGGCGGCGGCGCGGCCCACCGCGUCGAGCGGGCGCACGGUGACACGCUGCACGCUGGCCUUCUUCGCGCUGUCCUUCCUGCUGUGGACCGCCGUCAUCUUCGGCGCCGAGCGGGGCUCCGGGACGGGCGCCGCCGCCGUCUGGGGCCUGACGGCGGCGCUGACGGCCGCCGCCAUGGCCGCGCUCUUGCUCGCCGUGGCGCGGCAGCCGCAGAGCGGGCGGCGCCUGGACUACGCGGCGCCCUGCGUGCCCUUUGUUCCCGCGGCGGCCAUCUUGGUCAACAGCUACCUGAUGCUCAAGUUGUCGGCGCUCACGUGGGCGCGCUUCUCCGUCUGGUGCGCCGUCGGCCUGCUGAUCUACGUCUUCUACGGCGUGUGGCACAGCUCCCUGGAGGUGAACGCUCGCCAGGAGGAAGCCCACGCCAGCUCCUACCGACGCUUCGACGACCCCUACGACGACCCCCGAGAGCGGGACGACCGACUCGACCGGCCGCCGGCCCCCCCGGAAAGCGACUUCCGCUACCAGAACGACGCGUACGACGCGGGGCCGAGCGAGGACGACGGCGGACGUUUCGGGUACCAGAGUGGAGGAGGAGGAGGAGGAGGAUGAAGGGUCACGCCUUCGACAACGAAUGAGCACACGACAACUACAAGAAAAAGAAGAACAAGAAGGAAAAGAACUGUCGCGAUGGCAGCAAACGUCAGCUGUCGGGUGCACACACACACACAAACACCUUCCGCCACAGCUCGUCGGUUAAUAUUAUUAGUGUGGUAAUAAUGAGCUAACAGCAUUUUAGUCUCCAGCUUGUUUUUGAGUGUUUCUUGUUGAGUUUGAAAACAUUUGUUUGUUGAGUGUUGAA